AUGGCGACUCUCCAUUCUAUCUCGCCCCAAUUGAUCCGCAUAAGCGCCUGCCUUUUGGCACUCUACGACGACGAUAUCUGGCCAUGCUCGGCGACAAUCUCAACACCAGCAGGGGGUCAAGCAAAAUGCGAUGGAGUCAAACCAGUCUGUGGACCAUGUCGUCGCCAUCCGAAAGAGGACGAGUGUGAAUACUCGGAUGGCCCUGGUCGCUCACGGACAAAAGCUCUUGAAGACCAGGUUUCUCGUUUAGAGGCCCGGCUUCAAGAACUCGAAAAUCCUGACGCGUCGACUCCUUCCGUCAAACUUCACGACCCUUACGCCCACUAUAACGAAACCCAGAGGAUAUCCAAAUCACCACCACUCUAUAUUCCGGCUGAGCCUACUAUGACCCUUGCCCCAUUGUCGCCCUUCUCUCCAACAUCGACAUCCUCGUCGCUUCCUUCUGGUAGGCACUGGAACACCUUCUCAGCCCUCCACGCAAACACUGAAUCAACAGGCUCGAGUGGACCCUCCACGUCUCCGAUUCGACCGCUGCCCGCGACAUCACCCUUCCUUGGCGCCGAAGAACCCUCCUUCCUUCUCAUCCAAAACUUACUGGAUAAAUUCCUUCCACACGCGGCCGAGUUUGGUUUCUUCCUCCAUGUGCCCACCUUCCGUUCGAGCACGCUGCUUUCCGCUCCCUUUGGACAUCCAUCGCGCCCAACUCCGGCGCUGUUGAGUGUCGUCUAUCUGUGGGGUGUACAUCUUUCUCAUUCGGAGGCCCUGCUCCUGCAGGAGCAGGCGUUUCUGACACGUGCACUCCAACAUGUCGCCACUGACAUGUUUGGAACACAUCCCAACCGAAUCCUCCACACCAUGCAAGCACAGGUGCUGCUCGCGUACUACUUCUUCCGCACUGGACGGUUCUUGGAGGCAAAAUGGCAGACGGGCUCUGCCAUUUCCCUGGCCUUGGGUUCUGGAUUCCACAAACUUCGCUCUGCCAACAUGGCACCGCCCGCAACAAUUGGACUCUCUCAUGAUGCGCCCGUGUACCUGGAUCUCCCUCAGACGAACCUCGAGGAAGGAGAGCGGAUAAACGGGUUUUGGGCCGUAUUCACCCUUCACAAGCUCAUUAGCGUCGCUUUGGAGCCCCCCUUCAAUGUCUGUGGGGCGCUGGAAGCUCCGGGCAUUCAGAUUGACGUCCCGUGGCCUUUGGAUAUGCCCCAGUACCUCGACGGUCUAUUAACGCCAGAAGUCAGGGGCAAUUCGACUCAACGUGAAUUCCAAGCAUUUGCAGCGGCGUUUCAAACCGUACAUCGCCUCAUCGAACAGUGCCGCGCCCAACUCCCCGCCAUUGCAGGGCACGAGAUCAGCGACCCGUCCCUUCGGACUCUCAUUUUAGCGCAUGCCCUUGUCGAUGCUGCGAUUAUCAAGCUCCACGGAAUCUUCGCGUACGCCGACUCGUCAUCCAAGCAACAUUGCCUCACUGCUGCGCGUAAUAUCAUAACAUGUGGCGGUGUCAACCUUGCGGAGGUUGGUUAUCUGAACCCUAUUAUGGGAACGCUGUGGAUGAUCGCAUGCCACGUUUUCAUUGACGAAGUUUCGCGAAUGAGGACGCAACAGCCGGCUUGGACUGAAAGCUCGACCUCCGCUGGUGGAGGGGACUUGACCGAGGAGGAGCUCAUGGAGUACUUGCGGAAUGGUUUGACGCACUUGAGUCUGUAUUCCGAGGACAACGUGUUGACGCGCUACCAACUCACCAAAGUGCAAGAGGCGUACUCUGCGAUCUGAACCCCUAUUCACCCUGGAUGAUUGGAAUGUCCACCACCUUUGGUUUCUUCUACGGACACUGCCCUGCCAUUUGGCACACCUUGACUUUCGUUUUCGCUUUCUCUUUGUUUUCUUGGCUUACUUCCAACCCAUGGAACCCUUUUUUUGGACGCCCCCCUCAUGACUCUGCUAUGAUUCACGAUACCACACAUUAUGUGAUACCGCCUUACCAGCAUCUGUAUGUUAGAUUCCUAUUCAUUGUCUCGCACAUGUAGUACUAC